CAGAUUGGCAAGCAGUUCAGUUCGAAUGUAACGGAGGUCUGCUUAAAGGGGGAUUUAGCCCCCCUCCCCUUUGCGAAGACAGAACGUGGGAAUGAUCGAACGUUUGCGCCUCUCGCUCCGCUUUAACCCUCACUGGUUAUAGGUACUGUAAGAAGGGGGAUGACAGAGAUGACUGAAGAGAGUAUCUAGGACAGGAUGCAUCUUGAGGUAAAGCCAGAAGCUUACAGCAAGAGAACCACCCAAUCAAACAUCGCCAGCAGCACACACAAUGAAGGAGAUUGUCAUUUUUUCUCUCUGCCUCAUCACAGUUCCAGGAAGUGCAAGAACUGAAAUUCAACAACUGGAAAGUUUCAUGACCGGUGGAAUACUCAUUUUCUGCAAAUAUGCUCAUCAGUUUAAAGAUAAGGAGAAGUACUUAUGUAAGGGUGAUAAAUCAACCUGUCGUGGCAAGCGGAUAACACACAACGACAACGACAGAGUCUUUCAGUAUAAAAAUAUCAAAGAGGACUCCUUAACUGUUCUCAUCACAAACCUCACCUCAAAGGAUACUGGGAAGUACCAUUGUGCAGUUGAAGAUGGAGUCUUGCAUACUUCAUUCAUUUUGAAGAUAAGACAAGGUGACUUCUGUGAUUCACCUUUUACAACUAUUGGACGUGAGGGCCGACAUGUGAAGGUCCAGUGCAAGUACCUUGUGGAAUCUAACGUAAACAUCACAUAUUUCUGUAAACAACAUGACAAGUUUAUCGAGCUGAAUCUGAUCAACUCAGAGCAUUUACAGAAGAAUACAAAGUACUCUCUUACUAAAGACCAAAAAAGAAAAACCUUUACUGUGACUAUCCAUGACCUGGAGAAGGAGGAUGCUGGGAUCUACUGGUGUGGAGUUACAACUGGUGGAAACAAUGUGGCUUUGACCGGACAGGUGAAACUACAGAUCACAGAAAAGCAAAUGAUUCAAAUGGAAGGAUUUCCAGGAGGAGGCAUUGUGAUCCUUUGUCAAUUUGAUGACCAGAAUCAACACAACAAGAGAUACUUCUGCAAGGGAAACACUACUACCUGCAUUCAUAAACACCUCACACAUGACUCUCACGACAGAAUAUUUAAGCAGCAUGAAAAUGUUUUCUUGAACUCGCUAACAGUUGUUAUUACUAACCUCACCUCAGACGAUGCUGGAACUUACCACUGUGUAGAAGAUGGACAACUACACACUGUCGUGCAUCUCACCAUAAAAGAGGGUGACUGCUGUGACCCAUCCACAAAAGCAACUGUUGAAAAGGGAGGACAUGUCUCCAUCCAGUGCAAAUACUCUGUGAAAUUUACAGACAACACCAAACAUUUAUGUAAAAUAGGUGAAGGGUGUAAAAAGUUAGAACUACUUGAUUCCAAACCAAAAGUAAAUCAAAAGUAUUCUCUGUCUGACAACAAAAAUGAGAGUGUCUUUACUGUGACCAUCUAUGACCUGGAGGGUAAAGAUUCGGGUGUCUACUGGUGUGGAGUUCAACCUGAUGGAACAUAUACCAUCUUGCUCAGAAACGUGGUGCUGCAAGUCUCAGAUGACACAAAGAUUCCUUUUCCGACAGCUGUGUUGGUGUUGAUAGUAGCGCUGGUGGUGAUAGUAGCGCUGGUGUUAGCAGUUGCCCUUUUCCUGUGCUACAAACACAGCUGUAGUGGGAAACAGGAUAUGUCAAACAUAGUGAUCUACUACAAUGCAGAGAAUCCGUAUCAAGAUGGAAUUUAUGAGGAAAUCGAGGACAUUGGUCUCCAGCGUCAUCCCCUGACUUCAAGAUGCAACUAUACCAAGGUAGACAAUGCAGGUGACCCUACCUACUACACUAUUCAGUCACCCUUAAACCUUCCUGAUGAUACAGGCUUGGAUCUUCUCUCCAAGAAAUCUCACACCAAGAUCAACACCGUCUAUGCCACCGCUGAACUACCCACAAUCCCCGACGAUGUUCCCACAUACUCAAACAUCCAGUCACCAAUACACACCCCUGCUGACACACACCUUAGCACUGAUGAAAUUGAUAACACAGUCAACACUGUCUAUACUACAGCACAAUGUCCCAUUAAUGCCAGUGACAUCCCCACACCACACACUCUUCAGCCAGACCCCACAAACCCCCCGCUCAGCCCAAUGUGAUCCAUAAUCCAUGUCUUCUAUUUACACUGUUCACUACAUUUUCGCUAACCUAGGCUUAGCAUUGCCACUGUUUACUGCACUGGCACUGCAUUGUUUAUUGUUUUAGCCGACAUGGUGUGAAUAAUGUGCUUUGCCUUUGCCAGCAUCAACAUUUCCAUGAAAAAAUAGUGAAAUAUGUUUUUUUCAAUAUGUCUCUAAAAUUGACAAUUGUCUCAAAUUAUGGAAAUGUACACAUGUGAAAGAUAAUAGAAAAGCCUAAAAUGAUCUUUAUCUAAAACAUUAUUUGCAAACCUUUUGUGUCUUGACUCUCAGUAUGUCUGCCAUGAAUAAACUACAGAAU